AUGAGCCCCCAGGACAGUUCUGUGUACCCUUUCGAGUUCCUUCUGUUGGUGGGGAUACCUGUGGCCAGCGCUUUCCUUCUGCUUCAGUGCCUUCGCUGGCACUGUUCUCGGUGGCUGCCAAAAGACUGCAGGAAUCCAGAUGACCAAGAGGAGUCUGUGUUCCCACCCACUUCAUUACCAGAAUAUGAGCCCCCAAGGCAGUGCCCACCCCCAACACUACCGGAGAUGGCUGCGUUCUAUCAGGAGCUCCACACGCCCACCAGGGGCCAGACCAUCACCCGGAAGCUGAUGCAUAAGUUACUGGUGUAUUCUGCUCGAGAGGUGGACCACCGUGGUGGAUGCCUGAUGCUGCAGGACACAGGCAUUUCUCUGCUCGUCCCGCCAGGUGCUGUGGCAGUGGGUCGCCAGGAGAGGGUGUCCUUGGUUCUGGUGUGGGACCUGACGGAUGCCCCAUCAUUGUCUCACAGACAGGGGCUAGUGAGUCCUGUGGUGGCAUGUGGCCCUCAUGGAGCCUCCUUCUUGAAGCCUUGCACCCUCACAUUCAAGCACUGUGCCCAGGAGCCCAGUCAGGCCUGUGCCUACACCAGCAAUACUUCCUUGCUGGAUGCCAAGAACUGGAGGCGUCUGGGUCAGCCGGGGGCUUAUACCUCCCGGGAUGAGUGCCGUAUCCUGCUCUCUCACUUCAGCCUCUACACCUGCGUUCUGGAGGCGCCCCUGGGUCAGACAGCCCGCAAGUGGCUGCAGCUGGCAGUGUUCUGCUCCCCACUGGCGCCCGGGCAGACCCACCUGCAGUUGCGUGUCUACUUCCUGAACAAUACUCCCUGCGCCCUGCAGUGGGCUAUCACCAAUGAGCAGCCCCACGGUGGACGCAUGCGUGGACCCUGCCAGCUCUUCGACUUCACUGGGGCCAGAGCAGACCAGUGUCUGAAGCUCAAGUACAUCUCUGAGGGUUGGGAAAACGUGGAUGACAGCAGUAGCCAGCUGGUUCCCCACCUUCAUAUCUGGCACGGAAAGUGCCCCUUCCGUUCUUUCUGCUUCCGGAGAAAGGCAGCCAAUGAGAAUGAAGACUGCUCGGCAGUAACCAAUGAGAUCAUUGUCACCAUGCACACCUUCCAGGAUGGCUUGGAAUCCAAGUACAUGGAAAUCCUCAGGUUCCAGGCCUCAGAGGAAGAGUCCUGGGCGGCACCACCUCCUGUCUCUCAGCCUCCCCCAUGCAAUAGGCUGCCCCCGGAGCUCUUUGAGCAGCUGCAGAUGCUGUUGGAGCCCAGCAGUGUCACUGGGAAUGACUGGCGUAGACUAGCCUCCCACAUGGGACUCUGUGGCAUGAAAAUACGGUUCUUGUCCUGCCAACGCAGUCCCGCCGCGGCCAUCCUGGAGCUGUUUGAGGAACAGAAUGGCAGCCUGCAGGAGCUUCACUACCUCAUGACCGCCAUGGAACGCUUGGACUGCGCCUCUGUCAUCCAGAACUACCUGAACCGAACCCCCCGGGGCAGCCCUGCCACGAUGCACGGAGGCACCUGGGAGAACCGUGGCCUGCAGCUGGAUGUGAAACUCUAA